AUGGAUUCCCCCCCGCCUGGUGGCUUCACCCCGGAGGUUUCGGCUACACUGAAGGGUGAAGGUGGUCCGAAGGUCAUAAUAUCGAUGCAGCGAUCGGCACUCCUGGCCUUGGCGGCUCUUCGGGUGAUGCACCCGGAGUUGUAUUGGGCUUUGGUCACCACACAGAUGAAACUCGCUCAAUGGGCUAUGGAAAAUGAGCUUGAUGGCAUGUAUGCUCGCAAUGCCCUCUUCACCGAUCCAAGAUCUACUCCAGAAGGGUUCGACAUCAUGACCAGUAUCAGCCGUUAUUGCGAUGGCCUCAUGACGCUGUCCAAUCUCGGCAUUCAGUUGCGAUAUAACUCCAGUGCCAUGGUCGGCUGCUCCGGACACAUUGUCAGGCAUGGCAUCACAUUCAGGGGUGAUCGGUCUGUGUGGGCAUGGUUCAUGCGCGAUAGCCUUCACAAUUUUGUGGGAACACCUUGGUCAGAGUAUGCAAAAUACAAGGAUGUAGAUUGGGAUGUCUCGGUUUCAGCUUAG